CCGUCACUACCUGCCACUUUUCCCCACACGCCGCUACUUGUCCACUCUACCCCUGCGACAGAUCGAGAUGCAGGUCUAGCUCCUCGCCGGCGGCCAUGGCGGAGGCAGCAAGGGGAGGGCCGACGCCUCCUCAUGAUGGCAUCCCGGAUGAGAUCCUCAUCUGGGACAUCCUCGUCCGCCUGCCCCCCAAAUCGCUCCUCCGCUGCCGCGCCGUCUGCCGCGCCUGGCGCACAGCCACCUCCGCCCGCGACUUCCUCAUCGCCAACCACGCCCGCCAGCCCACCCGCCCCUUCCUCUACGUCUGCAACCUUCCCCGCUACGGCUACUACAAGGUCGGCGGCGACAUAGACAUCAUCCCCUUCGACCACCGGGCCGCCGCCGACAAGCUCCAGCCCGUCGCGCGACUUGGCCGAGCCUCCGAAUUCAAAGAUCUGGUGGCCUCCUUUGACGGCCUCGUUGUCUUCGACUGGUGGCGCCGCAAGUUCUUGGGCAUCUGCAACCCAGCGACCCGUCAGUAUGCCCGCCUCAGGGUGCCUAUGGACUCCACGUUCUUGGGGAUGUACCGUCACCCCCCAACCGGCGAAUACAGGGUACUGAUGUACCGGUGUCCGGCAGCUGGGAGGGAAGCUGGCUGCUAUGUUUUAUCGUUGGGCUCCGGCCAACCGCCGAGAAGAAUCGUCAGGCCGGGGGAAGCGCAUAAAGAAGUCAUAUUCGGCACCAAGUAUGUGCUACUCCGUGGCGGGCUGCAUUGGCACCGGGUGCAGCAGCACGAGGGCGAAAGCAACAUGCUAAUCGUGUUUGACACCACGGCUGAGUCGUUCCGACAGAUGCGCGUCCCGAUUGUUCGUGGUUCUGCCAGGGAUGGGCUGUUUGAGACUGCGUUUUGAUUUUCGGCCGAAAAAAAUGAAUUUCGGCCGAAUUUCGGCCGUCUCGCUAGGGCCCGAUAUAUGGGCCUAUCGGCCGAAUAAUUUGGCCCAGUUUGAAUUUUUUUUGCCCGGCCCAGCUUCGAGAGCCUUCCAGUUAGGCUUCCGCUGAGACAAAACCACGAACCCACGCUACCUAACCCUAAAUCGCUCUUUCCCUGUCCGUCCUCCUGUGUGCGGCGCCGCCGCUGCGCAGAGGCCACAUCUCCUCGCCCUCCUCGACAUCUCCGGCCAAGGCGCUCACUUCUCCGGCCCUCCUCCACAUCUCCUCGCCUCCACCCCAUCCACUUCCUGUCGAAGACUGCGGCAACGGAGCUCGGCGGCUGCGGCCCUUCUCCAAGACUGCAGCAUGGUGCUCGGCGGCUGCGGCAACGGAGCUGAUGGAGCGCGAGCCGACCAGUUCAACGGAGGCAGUAGCACGGGGCAGCGGCAGCAGCAUGGAGGGCGUCCGCUUGACUGGAAAGAGAAUGUAUUUGUUGAUAGUGAGAGUGAGGAUAAUGAUGGGGUGAGUGAGGAUGGGGAAGAUGCUCCAUCCAUGCAUGAUCAGCAAGAGGCGCAAAUGCAAGUGGAAAAAGAGACACAAAUUCAAGUAGAAAAGGACGCACCUCCAAGAGAUGGCAAUUUGGAGACCCGUAGAUCUGUACGGCUUGUCAAGAAGAAGACCAAGGGCGUCAACAGCCUAUCCCCUGUUGCUUAGAAAUCUGUUGGCAAGUCUCUUCUUUCUAGUGUUUUAUGAUUCAUGAUAAUUGCUUAGAAAAUUUUAGUUACUUGGAGCCGCUAGUUUCUUAGAUGUAUACACUUUCUAUCCAUGCCUAGCCUUCGUUGUCAUGUUAAGCAAUGUAUUUAUGUUAUCCUGAAAUGUUACCACUUGACUAUUGUUGCACUAGACACCUCCAUGUUAGUCCAUUUUAUUUCAUUAUGCACAAAGUGGAAGAAGAAAAUUCUGAUGUUGAA